AUGGUGCUGUCAAUCAUUUACAGUCCUGCUUUCUCCCUUCUCAGUGAGCCAUGGCUCAUCUGUUUCAUACUCCUGUUCGCCUUUCGCUACGUCAGGCUUGUUGUCAACACUGUCGCGUACUUGCUAUGCAAACCGUGCCAGAUCCCUGACUGCCCUCGCUAUACCACCGAAGAUGUCACUGUAAUCAUACCCACAGUGGAACCAUUCGGACGAGAUUUUGACGAGUGUAUACACUCGGUUAUCGCAAACCGACCAGCGAAAGUUCUGGUAGUCACUGUUGGCGAGGAAAAGACCCGUCUGGCGAAGGAAUUUUGCCAGGAAUUUGGGCUUCUCGUUGAAGUGCUUUCCGUCUUAAAGGCCAACAAGCGUGAACAGACAGUCCGCGCUCUCCAGGAAGUCCAGACGAAGAUUGUCGUCCAAUGUGAUGAUACUGUCUUCUGGCCAAAGACCUUGCUUCCUUGGAUCAUCGCCCCUUUUGAGAAUCCAGAUGUCGGAAUUGUGGGUACCCACAAGCGCGUACGCCGCAAUGGGGGCACUUUCGGAUUGGCUGACUUCUGGAAUCUCUGUGGCGUAAUGCGUCUGGAGCGCACCAACUUCGACUUGGCUUCCACGAACGCUAUCGACGGUGGGAACAGCUGCGUGUCGGGACGGACCUGUGCCAGCCGCGCUACGAUCUUGAAGGAUCCGGAGUUCAUACAUGCGUAUACCAACGAGUACAUUUUCGGCAAAAUUGGUCCACUCAAUGCCGGGGAUGACAAGUUUGUAACCAGGUGGAUGAUCAACCACGGCUGGAAGAUCAAGCAUCAGACAUGCAGCGAGGCCCGUAUUGAGACGAACCUAGGCAUCAAGGGCGGCGGAGCUCGAUUUAGAGGACAAUGUCUUCGGUGGGCCCGAACCAGCGCCCGCGACAACCCCAAGAUGUUGUUUGUCGACCGCAAGGUCUGGAUGGCCCACCGCUGGACGACAUAUGCCAUCCUUCUGCACAGCCUGAUCAAUUUCGCGGCCAUAUACGAUCCUUUGAUCGUUUUCGCACUCUACAAGGCUUUGCAAAACCCUGUCAUCUGCGAAGCCUUCGGUGGAAUCAAGCACUCUUUGCUCUUCCUUGGCCUCUGGAUUCUUGCCAUGAAGUUGGUCAGACCUGCGGGUCACUAUUGGCGGAACCCGAAGGACCUCCGUUACGCACCUUUCAUCAUCCUUUUCGGGUACUACCACUCCUGGAUCAAGCUCUAUGCGCUGUUCACCUGCUGGGACAUUUCCUGGGGUACGCGCGUAGGAGUCGACGACAAAUCGUCGAAGGCGUAG